AUGUUAAAAAAUAAUGAUAAUACCAUAUUAAAAAUAAAAUUAUUAAAUCCAUUAUUGGAAGGCGAACAUUCAUUAGAAAUGUCUGUGUCACAAUUUCUGGAAGGUUUACCUUCUUACAAUGAGAAUAACUUCACCAAAUUCCAUGUAGACAACUCCACUAGAACACCAUCAAAAAGGCCAUCAGUUUAUGUACCUACGAAGGAUUACCCUUCUGAGCAAAUUAUUGUAACUGAGAAAACUAGUAUAUUACUGAAAUAUAUGCAGCAGCACUGGGACAAAAAAUAUAAUAAUAAAAAGAGGGAUCUAAGUCCACAAUCACAUGAACCUCCAAAAAAAAGAUUAAGAACAGAUGGCAGCAGGGAAACAUCUCUAAAUGACUAUUGA